AUGUGGAUUAUAUCGUUUUGGAUAUUUCCAUUGGUGUCGGCCUGCAUGUGGGUUGCAAUGUUGAUUGCCAUGCUGGUCACAUGGGUUCAAGAUGGGAGACCACACUACGACAGUAUGGAUGACGGACAGACUAUUGCGUACAUUUCAGAUGUCGGAGCGCAAGGCUUGAAGCCGCUAUUCGUUGCUGGCAGCGCGGUCACCGUCGUCUUUCUCGAUUUAGCUUUCCUCUCCGAGCGCUGGCUUCGACACUCCAACCAGUUGGCCUCGAACAAAGGUAGAUUGGACAAGACAUGCGCUAUUCUUUCAAUCUUCUUUGCGAUUGCCGGUGCUGCCGGUCUGAUUCUGCUCUCUGUCUUUGAUACACUCCGCCACCCGAAAUUGCACGAUGGGUUCAUCGGCCUGUUCAUUGGUGGAUACGUCGCUAGUGCCAUCUUGGUUUGUAUCGAGUACCUCCGUAUCGGAAUCUUCUAUCGUCGCGAGCACCGCGUCUUGCUCGCCAGUUUCUUUAUCAAGCUUGUCUUCGUUAUUGUCGAGCUCGCGCUCGCCAUCGGCUUCGGUGUCUGCAUCGGUAGCAAUGAGUCCUCUAAGCAAAACCCUGGCGCGGUUCUCGAGUGGACGAUUGCUUUUGCCUUCACCGGUUACGUUAUCUCCUUCGUCGUCGAUCUAUUGCCUUCCGUGCGCACCCGAAACCACGUGCCGCAGGGUGAGAAGUACCUGAUGAGCCAGGGCGGAUUCAGUGGAACCCGUGAAGAGGGUGUCUCGAUUGAAGAGCCGCUGACCCAGGACUCCAUGGGCCCGACCACCGGCUUUUACCGUGGCCAGCGGGUCUAA